CACCAGAGACUGUUGGGCUUUAUAACGAGCAACAUUUGAUAAAGUGAAGUAUAAAAAAAAAAAAACAAAAAAAAAAGUAAAAAUGAAGUUGGUCUGGUCGCUUGUAGUCUUAAGUUGUGCUUUGCUUGAGGUACGGGGAUACCCGUUCCCCGUAUUUACGUCUUCAGCAAAUGUUGAUACAUGGUCGUACGGUGAUGCUCAACGUGGUGGCAGAGUUCUAAGCCGUUCGUACACUCCAUUCAGUCGACGAGCAGUAAGAGCUGGCCCGACCACCUACUCCGUUUGGAAACCAGAAGCCGAACUAGCAUCUCAUCAAUCCAUCCAAUAUCACCAGGAAAGACGUCGCCAAGCUUUAUUAGAAGUAAAUGAUACUCCACCACAAGAGAAUGAAGUCUUCUACCCCCAAGACAGUCUAGUAACCGUUCCUGAUGCAGCUACAGAACUAAUCAAACCACUAGAAGUAUCACCAGAAGCGCCAACUACAGUAAAAGCUAUCGUAUCAGAACCAGCUCAACCUGAGAAAGAAGAAAAGCUAGCUCCAGAAGCAAGAACAGAGUUAGAGAAGAAGAUUCCAUCCAAAAAGCCAGUAGAAGAUGAAGAGGAUGACGAUGAAGAUGAUGACGACUACUCAUCCCAACCCAAGUUCCCUGGUAAUGCUUUCUUCCCCAUGUUCUUUGCGUGGGGAGGUGGAAACGGACCUGUAGCGGUAGCUAAUGCAUUCAGUAAGGGACGCGGUGGUGCGGCCGCAAGCGAAGCUACUGCAUAUGGAAGCUACAUACCUCUUACAAAAUCAGCUGCUGUAAAAUCACACUAAAAUGUUCUCAGAAUUAUUAGAACUAGUGGUCGCCUAGUGGUCGAAAUUCGACCAUAUACGAUUUAAUUUACAAUACCACUUAACAUACGUUCAAGGAUAAUUUUUAUUUAACUCAAAUUCAAACAAACUCUUUUAUAAAACUCUAUUCAUAUGAGACGUCAGAAUAUCAUCGCAAUGUCUAUUAAUUUUGACGUUUUGUCAAAUACGAUCAGAUACUAUGCAUGUGUGAUUGUGUGUGUAAUGUUUUAUUUAUUGAUUUAAUGUACUUUAUAAGCAUUAUUUUUGAAAAAUAUUAGCGUUCUCCACUUCUCCUACACAUAAACUAUAAAUGUACCAAAUUUUAUGCUCCUACGUCCGCGCAAUUUUCGUAAAAAGCGGUCCAAAGUUUUUGCAUCACGUAUUAAUAUAUAGAUUUUAUAAUUGUAUAAAUGUUAGUGGUUUUUGCUUUGGACUUUGUCGACACGUGAUGUGAAAUUAUGAAUUUUAUCGUUUUCUUAAUAAACGUUUCCUUUUGUUUAA